UUUUUUCCUCCUCCUUCUAAGUUGAAAGGCAGGAGCAGAGCGGUGGAGGGGCCCAGCUCGCCGUCAGACUUGCCGUGGAUGCAGCGUUUCUUCGUCCUUCUUCUUUUUUUUCUCUUUUCUUCUCCUUCUUUUCCACAUUUACUGAGUUUCUCGCUCCUUCGUGACAUUUCCACUCCGUCGCCAUGGCGGGGGCUAUCAUCGAGAACAUGAGCACCAAAAAGUUGGUGAUAGUGGGAGUUACUCUGCUUUUGUUCCAGGCGUUUGCCUUCAUGGUGGGCGGUUUAAUUGCUCCCAGCCCCACCACAGCGGUCCACUACAUGGCCACCAAGUGUGUGGACACAGUCAAGCACCGACAAGACUCAAAGUGGUUUAUGCCUUGGGGUCCUAACCAGUGUGAAAAGAUCCGGUCCUUUGACGAGGCCAUGGCGAAGAAGAUCGAGGCAAACAACAUUGUGUUUGCCGUCCACAUUCCUCUGCCCAACAAGGAGAUGAGCCCGUGGUUCCAGUUCAUGCUGGUCAUCCUGCAGUUUGACAUUGCAUUUAAGGUGUACAACCAGAUAGUGGAUGGAUCCGUGGUCACGAUCGACGUCGGCCUGGCCUACAGAGACGACUCCAUCAGCGAGUGGACGGAGAUGGCUCAUUCUUUUGAACACAGGAAGCUCAACUGCAACUUCACCGCCGCCAAGACCCAUGAGAACGAGGGCCGCUACUAUGAGUGCGACUUGCUGCCCUUCAUGGAGGUGGGGAGCGUGGCCCACAAAUACUAUCUCCUCAAUAUCCGCCUACCUGUGAACGAGCGCAAGAAGGUCAAUGUGGGAAUUGGAGAAAUCAAAGACAUCCGCCUUGUUAGCAUCCAUCAGAACGGAGGCUUCACCAAAGUGUGGUUUGCCAUGAAGACGUUCCUCACGCCCAGCAUCCUCAUCAUCAUGAUCUGGUACUGGAGGCGCAUCACCCUCAUGAGCAGACCUCCUGUCCUCCUGGAGAAGGUGAUCUUCGCUCUGGGCAUCUCCAUGACCUUCAUCAACAUCCCAGUGGAGUGGUUCUCUGUGGGCUUCAACUGGACCUGGAUGCUGCUUUUUGGAGACAUCAGGCAGGGCAUCUUCUACUCCAUGCUGCUUUCCUUCUGGAUCAUCUUCUGCGGGGAGCAUCUCAUGGAAACACAGUUCUUUGAAGCAGAGGUUCUGGGUGGAGGAGAGCUGAAGAUGUGUGAACUCUGUCUGCCAGUCAUCAAAAUCUUCCCUGAACUUGGCCGUCCUCCUACAAAAAAAUCGCAGGACCAGACGGAGAGGAACCGUUUCUCGGUGUACUGGAAGCAGGUGGGACCCAUCGUGUUCGGCUCCUUCUGCCUCUUCAUCUUUGACAUGUGCGAGAGAGGCGUCCAGCUUACGAACCCCUUCUACAGCAUCUGGGCGUCUGACGUUGGAACAGAGCUGGCUAUGGCGUUCAUAAUCGUGGCAGGGAUCUGUGCCUGUCUCUACUUCCUCUUCCUCUGCUUCAUGGUGUUUCAGGUCUUCCGCAACAUCAGCGGGAAGAGGACGUCCCUGCCCGCCAUGUCCAAGGCCAGACGCCUGCACUACGAGGGUCUCAUUUUCAGGUUCAAAUUCCUCAUGCUGGUCACUCUGACCUGUGCUGCCAUGACGGUCAUCUUCUUCAUCAUCAGUCAGGUGAACGAGGGUCACUGGCACUGGGGAGAGCACACGGUGCAGGUGAACAGCGCCUUCUUCACCGGCAUCUACGGCAUGUGGAAUCUGUACGUCUUCGCCAUCAUGUUCCUCUACGCGCCGUCUCACAAACGCUACGGAGAUGAGCAGACAAGUGGUCAGUGCAUCACCGGUGAUGCCGGAGCAAACAGCGGAGAGGACAUCCAGCUGACCACUACCAUCACCCAUGUGGACGGUCCCACUGAGAUCUACAAGAUGACUGGCAAAGAGUCGCAGGAGUAGAUCUACUGAGACUCCCAUCUACUGCUCCCAUGGUAUACAGCAUAUCUAAUCAAACAGGUUCCUCUCUGUAUGUCCCCUGGCCCUAAACCACAGUCCAGUUUGCAUGUGACUACCGGUCCCACAGCCCUGUUUCUAGCACCUGAGCUUGUCCACAUGCUCCCUGCUCCAGAAGUCCCUGCUGUGUUUGUUAGACUCUCAACACUCCUAUCAGUCCGUCUCAUUUCAUUUCAUUGUGGAAUUCCUUCUUACAUUUCACACUUUAUGUGAGCUCAGUUGUGUUUGUACAUGUUGCACAACGCCUUUCACGCCAAGCCCGGUACUGAAAAGCUGCUUUAUUGAGAAAUUCGAGUGUAAAGAAAACCGUUUCUCUGCGGUCAGAGAAGUCCUGCUCCCUACUGCAGUGGUUUGUUUCACUGCGUCAUCGGUAAAAACCUGAGCUAAAGAAGACGGACCGCAAGACGUUGGAACCAUUUGGUUUGAUGUUUUGCUCUAUUACAUGUUAUUUACUCAUUCAAGGCCUUAGAACCUGUCAUACGUACACAUUUCAUAAAGCGUAGAUCAUGUGGAGUACUGCUGUCGCUCUUAGUCUUUGUUUUGUAUCACUGGGGGUAAUGUACAGACCACGUAGCCACUUUGGGAAAUGCAUCCUGUACGUUCAUCAUGUUACAAUGUAGAUAUCUAUUUUUUAUAAAGUGCUUAUUCUCAACUUCACAAAAUAUACGCAUUGAGCUUUAUCAAUAUUUUUGAAGUUGACUGUAGCCUAUUACACAUGAUUCCUUUUUUUUGUUUUGUUUUGCUUUUUAAGCUAAUUUAAAUAAAAAAAACUUUUACUUAA